CUUUAAUUUAAAUAACCCAACCCAACCCUCAAGGCAAUAGGGGGGAACACAGGUCUCUGACUUGCUUGAUCUAUCGCGCGAAUCCGACCGGUAGAGACGCAAAAAACCCGAAUUGGAUUUGGCAAGGGAGAUAAGGGAUAUCGAAAAGAAAAGAAGAGAGAAGAAAAUAAAGCAAAUAUAAUCAAGAUGGAGUACUUGACAAAAGAGCCCGAGAACCUCAAUGCUGUCCAGCGGUUUGGCCGCUGGCUUCGGUUGAAGCAGUACCAGAUCGAGGUCACCUUCGGCGUCUACAUGUUCACGUCGGCCGAGAGAUUUAUAUUUUGGUCUGUCGUAUUCCUAUUGUGCAGUCUAUUGACCAUCGCCGUCGUACUCUACCUCCCCCAGCACCUUCUCUUCAUCAUCAGCCGCGCCUGGUUCUACGUCAACGGCGGUGACAGCGGGGUUGCAUCCAACGUGGUCGCAGGCAAUAAGGACGCACUAUCACUAGCAACUUCGUCUAUGGCUAAGACUAUGGCGGCAGUGGCUACUGAGACGGCCGAAUAUAUGAACCGGGAGCUAUGAUUUAUGCACGGAUGAAGCCUCGGGCAUGUUUCUUUCUUGUGCAAACCAGCAGACGACGAAUGAUAUAAUAAUGGUAAUCAGUGGUGCUUGUAUAUGGUGCAGCCUGGUCUACGAGUAAUGGGAUGAGGCGUUAAUGUGCUUGAGUGAGAUAAUAUGGCGUCUGGGUCGAUAGAUUUGUAUCAAUGGGCUCGCGGAUAACUUCCAAGAAGCCCAUUGGGAG